GUAGCUUCAAGGCCCCGAACCUUCUACCUCCUCCCAAAGGCUUGCCUGGCCAUUGACGAUGCCUGUUCAGUCGACUCUCACGGCUGACGAAAAAAACAAGCUGAAGGCCGCGAUCGUCCCUACAGGCAAGAUUCAGACCGCUGCGCUUGCACGCAUCUACUUCGCACACCCCGACCCGAACUCGUGGUCUUAUGGCGGGCUCCAAGGGGCCCUCGCGUUCGUCAUGGACAACAACAAGAAUACGUUUUUCCUUCGCAUGGUUGACCUCGUCGGAACGAGAGGUGUCAUCUGGGAGCAUGAGCUUUACGAGGGGUUUGAAUACUUCCAGGAUCGUCUGUUCUUCCACUCCUUUCCUGGUGACAAAUGCAUGAUUGGCCUCGUCUUCGCGGAAGAGAGUGAAGCCAAGAUCUUCUUCAAGAAAGUGACGAAGAGGAAAGACACGAAGUCUAAACCCGCCAAAGCGCCAUCUACCAAAAAGACCUCAUCCAACAAAUCUGGGAAGAUUGACAAGUCGCUCAUAUCUGGUCCAACUGAAGGCUCGUUCAAGCACGUGGGACACAUGGGCUAUGAUUCCGAGAAAGGCUUCGUCUCCUCCGGCGUCGACCCCUCCUGGAACACCUUCCUGACCGACCUCGAGUCGCAUGGCAUCGACCACGAGCUCAUCAAUCAAAACAUGGACUUCAUCAAAGAUUUCGUGCGGGACGCACAAAAGACCGCUGCGGCCACCACUGCGCCUCCAGCAGCCAAGAAGAAGAAACCACCUCCGCCUGCGCCUCGGCGCAACGUUGC